AUGAUUUUCAUUCAAGAUAUAUUAGUUUUCCUACUGUUCACUCUUCUCGUUCCUGUUAAUGCUUUACCUAAGAAAAAUGCCGCUUCAUCUACAACCAGUACAACAAAAGCGGCCACGUCUGGCGGUGUAUCGACAGCAUCAGAUGGCUCCAUGAUACUAGAUAAGACUGUUCAGAUCAAUGGCCUUCCCAUUCGUUACAGAAUCAGCGCUCCAGCCAAGAUGUUCACCGCAGCAUCAGGUGUCACUGGUGGCACAUCAGCAGCUAACACAACCGGAGCAGCCGGUCUGAAUGUGCUUCUUCAUGGCGAUGGUGGACAAUCAUUUUUCGAUUUUCCCAACCAAGCCGUCCAGAAUAACCUCAUGGGUGUCGUCGUUCUCGCACCAAAUAAAAAUAUGUUUUGGGGAGGCGGAUCCGGUCUUCAACGUACAGACGGCGUCGCACAUGCCGCUGCAGUCAAUAAACUUAUCCAAACCCAAAUCUCCAACGACGUCGCCUUCGAUCCUGGAAAUGUAUUCUUCACCGGUGUAUCGGGGGGUUCUUUACUCCUAUCUGGAUUCUUCAUGCCAGCAUUUGGAGCACAGUAUAAAACUGGAGUACUCCUCAAUUGUGGUGCACUGACACCGCAAGUGGCGGUUGUGGAUCCGACAACUUUGAUGCAAAAUACCAAAAUUCAUUUUCAGAGUACGAAAGAUGAAUUGACACUUUUGCAACCGGCUAUUCCGAGUGCGAUUUCGGCUUAUGAGAAAUUGGCUACGGAGGCGGGGAUGUCGGCGGCGCAGAUUGGGGGUAUGCUGACUGUGGAUAAUACGCCUAGUGGAGGAGGUCAUUGUGGAUUUGAUAACAAAGACUUCGUAACAGGAGUUCAGUUGAUGGCUACGAAUUAUGCUAAUAUUAUGGGUGCGAAUGCUUCGGGUCAGGUUACGGGGAUUGGAAAUGUUUUGAAGACUGUGGUCGGAAAUGAGAAAUUGGCUUUUAUUAGUUCUAAUUGA